CAUCAUAAUUUGUGUGUUUAUGAAGAAGCCAAAACAAAACAUGAAAGAAUAACAAAGAGUGGUCCACAAAUCUUUAAUCUUCAUCAACCUCCAGAUUCAUUGUAAUCCUGAUCCCUUCCCAUACCACCUUCUUCUUCUUCAUGUUUACUAAUAAUAUCCCAAUCCCAAUUUUCUUCAAUCUAUUCCCCUAAUUUUCAACUACCAAGCCCUAGACCACCCAUCCGUACAUACCAUACCAUGGCAGCUCUCGAAACCCUAAGACCAAUCAUUCACGCUCAAAUUCAUAUCAACUGUUCCAACCACUCAUACAUACACACUCAUCGCAACAGAUAUCGUACUUUACAAGAAAAAUCGCAUCAAUUUCUUACCAAAUCAUCGUUACCGCUUCGUCAAUCUACCAAUCUGUACAUGUUAAACUCAUGGGGCGGAGGGUUAGGGUUUCUGAAGACGAAUCAUAGUAAUAGACUAAGGUCAAGAUUGGGUGUAAAUAAUAGUUCAUGUGAGCAUGAUACGGAAUCAUCAUCAGGUAAAAAGAGUGAAAGUGAGAGUGAUAAAGUGAGUAAAAAGAAUGACAAGGGGGAGAAGAAGGGGAAGAGGGGGUGGGGGUGGGGGAAAGGGGGCGGAAAGUGGCGGUGGCAGCCGAUAAUUCAGGCGCAAGAGAUCGGUGUGUUGUUGUUGCAGUUAGGGAUUGUUAUGUUUGUUAUGCGGUUGCUUAGGCCGGGUGUUUCGUUGCCAGGGUCGGAGCCGCGGGUGCCCACGACGUUUGUUAGUGUGCCGUAUAGUGAGUUUUUGAGUAAGGUUGGGAGUAAUCAGGUGCAGAAGGUGGAGGUGGAUGGUGUGCAUAUUAUGUUUAAGUUGAAGCAAGAACAGGGUGCGGUGGAAAGCGAAUUGAGUAAUAAGAUGCAGGAUUCAGAAUUGUUGAGGAGUGUGGCACCGACUAGGAGGAUUGUGUAUACGACGACGCGGCCGAAUGAUAUUAAGACUCCUUAUGAGAAGAUGUUGGAGAAUGAUGUGGAGUUUGGGUCUCCUGAUAAGAGGUCUGGUGGAUUCUUGAACUCUGCGUUGAUAGCUUUGUUUUAUGUUGCUGUAUUAGCAGGGCUACUUCACCGUUUCCCUCUAAGCUUUUCUCAGAAUACCCCUGGUCAGCUAAGAAACCGCAAGUCAGGUGGUCCCGGUGGGUCAAAAGUUUCAGAACAAGGGGAAAUCAUCACAUUUUCCGAUGUUGCUGGUGUUGAUGAGGCCAAGGAGGAACUUGAAGAAAUUGUAGAAUUUCUCAGAAAUCCUGACCGAUAUGUACGGCUUGGUGCUCGCCCUCCUCGUGGUGUGCUCUUGGUUGGGCUUCCUGGGACAGGUAAGACGCUAUUGGCAAAGGCUGUAGCGGGGGAAGCUGAAGUACCAUUCAUUAGUUGUUCCGCAAGUGAGUUUGUAGAACUUUACGUAGGCAUGGGUGCAUCACGUGUUCGAGACCUCUUUGCAAGGGCAAAGAAGGAGGCACCAUCAAUCAUAUUUAUAGACGAGAUUGAUGCUGUAGCGAAGAGCCGUGAUGGUAGGUUUCGCAUUGUCAGCAACGAUGAACGAGAACAAACUUUGAAUCAGCUGCUCACGGAGAUGGAUGGUUUUGACAGUAAUUCAGCUGUAAUCGUUCUUGGAGCAACUAACCGUGCUGAUGUAUUGGAUCCAGCACUUCGUCGACCGGGGAGAUUUGAUCGUGUGGUUAUGGUAGAAACACCCGAUAGAGUUGGAAGACAAGCUAUAUUGAAUGUUCAUGUUUCUAAGAAAGAGCUUCCUUUGGGAGAUGAUGUUGAUCUUGCUAGUAUUGCUUCCAUGACCACUGGUUUCACCGGGGCGGACCUUGCAAAUUUGGUAAAUGAAGCAGCUUUGUUGGCUGGGAGACAAAAUAAAGUCGUUGUGGAGAAAAUUGAUUUCAUCCAUGCAGUGGAACGCUCAAUUGCUGGUAUUGAAAAGAAAACAGCUAAGUUACAAGGUAGUGAGAAAGCAGUGGUUGCUCGUCACGAAGCUGGACAUGCAGUAGUAGGCACCGCGGUUUCCAAACUUCUUGCAGGACAACCAAGAGUCGAGAAGCUAAGCAUACUGCCUAGGUCAGGAGGGGCGUUGGGAUUUACUUACACUCCUCCAACCACCGAGGAUAGAUAUUUGCUUUUUGUGGAUGAAUUACGGGGACGUUUGGUUACUCUUCUUGGAGGACGUGCUGCUGAAGAAAUUAUCUACUCCGGUCGUGUGUCUACAGGUGCACUUGACGACAUACGUCGAGCCACAGACAUGGCAUACAAAGCUAUUGCUGAAUACGGUCUCAAUCGCACCAUUGGCCCCAUCUCAAUGGCAACACUUUCAAAUGGUGGCAUGGAUGAUUCCGGAGGAUCAGGUUUUGGAAAGGACCAGGGGCAUCUGGUGGAUCUUGUUCAAGGGGAAGUUAAGUUGAUGCUUCAAUCCGCACUAGAUGUAGCGCUUUCUGUCAUGCGUGCUAAUCCCACUGUUUUGGAGGGCCUCGGUGCCUAUCUUGAAGAAAAGGAGAAAGUUGAAGGAGAAGAGUUACAAGAAUGGUUGAAGUUGGUAGUCGCACCUGCCGAACUUGCUGAUUUUGUUAAAGGCACAGAGGGGAGCUUUCUCCCUUUACAAUCUGCAACACCUGAACUAAAGCAGCAGCUACUAUAACACCACCAAUCAUCUAUCUAUCUGCAACUUGUGUAUAUUAAAACCAUCAGGUAAUUAGAUAUAUAACAUAUACAGCCACCUCAUGUUCUUUAGUUGCAGAUUCUUGGAUUUUUAUAUUUUUCUUUGGUGUCGAUUUUUAGCCAAUCCCAACUAGUUCGGGAUGUUGAUAAGGCUGUCGGUGUACGUAUACGGCACAAGUUGUAAUUUUCUGUGACUUUUUAACAGUAAAAUUAAUAACUUUCAGCUGACCAAAGUUCUUGA